UGGAGGAGGUGACGUGCUGAUGACGGCCCCGCGGGUUCCUCGCUCUCAGGCCGGGGUCAGGCUCACGUUUCCCGCCGGUCGCUUCUGCUGAGUGCAGGAUGGAGUCUCCGCGGGAAGAAGAAGAGGAGGAGGAGACCCAGUGGUGGAGCCGGGAGGAGGAGGGGCCCCGGGAGCCCCCUGCCGCCUGUAAAUACUGUGUGGCCGCCUCGGGAAGUCCGUCUCUCGCCCGGCGGGUGAUCCUGCACCUGGACAUGGACUGCUUCUACGCCCAGGUAGAGAUGAUCCGGAACCCAGAGCUGAGGGAGAAGCCGCUGGGCGUCCAGCAGAAAACACUUAUGGUCACCUGUAACUAUGUAGCCAGAAAUCUCGGGGUUAACAAAUGCAUGUCCAUCCGGGAGGCGAGAGAGAAGUGUCCACAGCUAGUCCUGGUCAGCGGGGAGGACCUGACGCACUACAGGGAGAUGUCCUACAAGGUCACCAGUCUGUUGGAGGAGUUCGGUCCGCGGGUGGAGCGGCUUGGCUUCGAUGAGAACUUCAUUGACAUCACAGAGCUGGUGGAGAAGAGGCUGCGAGACCCUCAGUGUGGCAGAGCCAUGGAGGCGUCUGGCCACGUGUACAACCAGCAAGUUCCAGAUGCCAAUGACUGGACUCACCAGCGCCUCAUCGUGGGCUCUCAUGUGGCAGCGGACAUUCGGGCAGCAGUGUACAGCCGGCUGGGGUUGACGGGCUGUGCUGGGGUGGCAUCGAAUAAACUGCUCUCCAAACUCGUGUCUGGGACCUUCAAACCAAAUCAACAAACCGUUCUGCUCCCGGAAAGCUGCAGCUGUCUGAUCAACAGUCUUAAUCACGUCCAUAGGAUUCCAGGUGUGUGUGUGUAAUACCAGUCACUGCCACUAGGGGGACGUCAAAUAUGAGCUUCCUUUACAAGUAUCAUAGUGCAUAGUAAUGAAAGCUUAAAGGCUAUGUACACCUUCAGGGACAAUUAUUUU